GUGUCUGAGGGGAGGGCAUAUGGGGGGGUGGUACUUAAACGGAAAAGCUGACAGUGCUGCCGACUGGGAGCGGGUGCUGCGAGCUGCUGGGCUGUGCUCACACACGCACACAGAUGCACACAGACCCCGACGCCGACAUGGACACGGACACAGAAACCACAGCACUUUGUCCCUUCGGCAGCCACCAGGCCUCCCCACCAGGGACACCCACACCAGAAGCAGAUGCUAUACUUCUGAAGAAGCCAGAGAAACUGUUAGCAGGGCUGGACCCAAGCGGGCCACCCCUUGCUCCUGGAGCUCCCAGACGAAGAGGCAGUAUGCCUCUACCCUACAAGCACCAACUGCGGCGGGCCCAGGCUGUAGAUGAACUUGACUGGCCACCUCAGGCCUCAUCUUCUGGCUCUUCUGAUUCCUUGGGCUCGGGAGAGGCAGCCCAAAAGGAUGGAGUAUUCAAGGUCAUGCUGGUGGGGGAGAGCGGUGUAGGCAAGAGCACUCUAGCAGGCACUUUUGGCGGUCUCCAGGGAGAGAGUACGCAUGAUCUGGAGAAUGCAGAAGACACAUAUGAAAGACGCAUCAUGGUGGAUAAAGAGGAAGUGACUUUAGUUGUUUAUGACAUCUGGGAACAGGGAGACUCUGGGGGGUGGCUGCGGGACCACUGCCUUGAGACAGGAGAUGCCUUUCUCAUCGUCUUCUCAGUCACCGAUCGACGAAGCUUCUCCAAAGUUCCAGAGACCUUACUUUGGCUCCGGGCUGGGAGGCCCCACCACGACAUACCCGUCAUCCUCGUGGGAAACAAGAGCGACCUGGCGCGCUCCCGGGAGGUGUCACUGGAGGGCCGCCACCUGGCCGGGACGCUGAGCUGCAAGCACAUCGAGACAUCUGCCGCGCUGCACCACAACACGCGGGAGCUCUUCGAGGGCGUGGUGCGCCAGAUCCGGCUCCGGCGGGGCUCAGGCAGCGUUGGGGGCCGACGGCCAGAGUCUGGCAGCCCCCAGGGUCCCGCGCCACCCAUGCGGCGCGAGAGCCUAACCAAGAAGGCCAAGCGCUUCCUCGCCAACCUGGUGCCGCGCAACGCCAAGUUCUUCAAACAACGCUCCAGGUCGUGUCACGACCUCUCAGUGCUCUGAGUGUGGUCGCCAUGGCCACUGCGGUCGUCAUGGCCACCGCGCCCUCAGCUUGCCUCUGCCCAGGUCCAGCUUCUUUUGUAGAGGCCGUCUAGGAAACCAAAAACUCCCAGGAUGCUCUGGGGUGAACACAGGGGCGGGGGUGGUGGGCGUGGCCUCACCGCGCAGAACCACCCGGCGUUUCCGCUGGUCGGCUGCCCCGGCCGGGAGGUAUGUGGAAGGGGUAGUGGUCCGGUCAGGAAGGAAAGUAAUCCUGGAAGGUAUUUGGUUUGUUUUCUUAACGCUUGGUCACUUCGGUAAAGAAAUUCUAAAAACGGCAACUGGAAAAGCGGUUUGUAGCCUCCUGGACGGAGAGGACCUCCGUUGUACACCGAACAUGCCUCGCUUUUAAGUGUUAAAGGUAAGGUACGGAGAGCCCGCUCCUCAAGACUUCUGAGGACUCUGCCUCUCACUGCCGCGCUGCUCCACUUGGCCCUUAAGUGCUUAACAGGAAGGGGCUGAAAGUGCUAUUCUUGAGAUUAAAUUCUGUGAUUUACUCUUCCACAAUGGUACUUCCCUUUAAGGUUAUUAAAGGUAAAGUGUGGACAGAAUUUCUGCCUUUUUUUUUUUUUUUUUUUUGUACCGGGGAUCGAACUCACGAUGUCGUGCUUGUCAGGCAGGCAUUGUGUCGCUGAGCUAUAUCCCAGGACAACUUUCUGCCUUUGAAUGCUGGAAAGAGCAGAGUGGUGGCAAUUCCCUGGCCAGGUCCUAGGAGGCACCAGCGAGGGACCCAUCCCUUCCCUUUUCAAUAAAUAAUUUUUCUAUUUCA